GUGGAGUCAUCAAAUGGAGUCUUUCAAUCGGCAACCAUCAAAGGGGAGGGCGAUGGUCCCGAACUUCGAGGUCAGCAGCAGAAUGGCUUCCCUGAGAAUGCUCCUCGAUCAACAACCUUUAAUUCUCCCCUUCUGACCAACCUCUUCUCAGGUGGUGGACUUGGUGGUAUUAACUCGCAGCGUCUGACCACAUCUGUGUCCGGUGCUAUUGCCACUAAUCCUUCAACUGAUAAUGCAGUGUCUUCUCAAAGCAGCAAUAUGCAUUCUGAUGAACCCCAACAACCGCAUCCACCUGCAUCUAAUCUUGCCAUGGGGACGGUUGGGAAUGCGUCUAACGGCUAA